GCUUUUCUUGUUUUUUGGAUUGUUGUAGAUCUACAAAGAGAAGAAAUUUAAAAGAUGAUUCAAGAACUCCUGGGAGGUACUGCAGGCUUAAAUAUUGGAGGGGAGAUGAAAAUCUCCAUCAGUGGAAGCAUUUUGGAAGGAACCCCUACUUCUUCUCCAUCACCAUCUCCUUCUUCUUCAACAACUACAACUACUAAUUCUACAGCUUCAGGAAAUUCGGAGAACCGGAAUUUGAGGUGCCCCAGGUGUGAUUCCUCGAACACAAAGUUCUGCUACUACAACAACUACAAUCUAACUCAGCCUCGUCACUUUUGCAAGACUUGCCGUCGCUAUUGGACAAAAGGAGGUGCUCUUAGGAAUGUUCCUAUUGGAGGUGGAUGCAGGAAAAGCAAAAACACUACUGUUUCAACAUAUGUGGGAAAAUCAAGUGCUGUUAAGAUGAAAACAGUAGUUUCUGAAAUUGGAAGAUCUGGCCUCGGAAAUGGGUUUGAUCAUGAGCUUCAAUCUAGUCCAAUUCUUUGGGCUUCACCUCAGAGUUCUAAUCUUCUAGCCUUAUUGAGAAAUACCCAAAACCCUAACCCUAACACUUUGUCUAAUCCUGUUAAUAUUAAGGCAGAGGUGAGCCUGGUUGGAUCACACGUGAUGAAUGAGCCAGCAGUUGCAACUGGUGCACUAAAUGCUGGAACCCUAGGCUUGGAUCCUCUUAGCCAGUUUCCUUCUCUUGGAAUUUGGAGCCCUUUCUGGAAAAACAAUCAACACCAAGAACAACAGCAACAACAGAAUAAUGGGUUCCUACUAGGUGAAGUUCAAAACACAGGAAUUCAAGAACUGUAUCAAAGGCUCAAAUCAUCAUCAAGUUAUUACUCUGAUAGCUCAGCAGUAGUUCUAGGCAAUAUGGCUUCUUCUUCAUCUUCAUCUUCAUCCAUUUUGGAGUCAGCUCCGGUGGUAGGAGGAGAAUUGGGUUACUGGAAUCCGGCCUUUUCAUCAUCAUGGUCUAAUAAUGGUGCAUAUCCUUAAAGAACCCUUUUUUUACCUUCCCUUUCAUCUUAUCCCACCUUUUUACAUGCUAAUGUUGUCGCUUCUUCUGUUGGCUGUCUGCCUUCUGGUUUAUGAAUAUGGCUGUAGGUGUAGGGGUAGCAUCAGGUUGUUUCUCUUUUUUCUUUUUUUUUCCUCUUUUAAGUGUGCUUUAAGGUGUGUUUAAUUACCUUAUGAGAGUGUACCAAGGAUGAGAAGAAGUAAAAAGAUGGAAAAUGUUAGAAGUUUUUUGUUUCAAUGCUCCAUGUUGAAAAAUGUGACCUUUGACAUAGAAUACCAUCGUUAAUUUGUCCCCUGAGUCCUACAAAUAGGCUAAAAAGAACAAAAUCACACCAUACAAAUCAGAAAAGAAUAAGCAGACACAUGGGUUUCAUUUUCUGAUUUUGAUAAACUAUAGGAGAGUGUUAGUGGUGUGUCAUGAACUGGUGGGUUGCACAUGAAAUUGAAGAUUCUCUAUAUUGUUUUGUUAUGAGAAAGUUAUGAAAUAGUUUUAAAGAAGCCUUUGGGAAGAGUUUCCGUAAACAGCAAUUUGAUUCUUGCAGUGGAAAGGAGGAUUCCACGGGCAGCCUUAUGUUAAAGAGUUGGUGUCCGCCCCUUGCCUGCUUCUCUGGAGAUUGGCUUCAGUUUUAUUCCGUCUUCACUUUUUCUUUUUUUUACUUUUUAAAUAAUUUCAAACCCUUACUUUGUCACUUUCGCAUGCAAGGGGACUUGGCUUGAGUUUACUUCAUUGCUUUUGCCUCUGAAAUUUUACUUCUAACCUUUAUGUGUCAUGACCCUUCAAAUUAAAGUUUGUGAUCUAAUCUCUCUAGCGAGGGUACGCCACAAUCUGAUGAUGGUUGUUGGUCAUUUUCAUCGUCAUUCCAACCACACUUCUUUUAAUAGUGCUCUCUCUAGAUUUGUUAAUCACGGAUGGAACACUCUAUAUAUGCGCACUAA